AUGUAUGAAGUGACGGCCACCGGCCUGGCGCCUGAAAUAGCCUACUUCAACAUGCGCGAGGAUUCUCAGGAGUUCAUGGGCACGAGGCGGGACGCGGAGUAUGGGAGGGACAUUCAGAUCCACCAGGCAGACCGGCACAACCUGCUGCGACCGGAGACGGUUGAGGCACUUCUGUAUAUGCACCGGGUCACUGGGAACCCACGGUAUCGCGAUGCGGGGUGGCGAAUGUUCCAAGCUUUCGAGAAGCAUACACGCGUGCCAUCGGGUGGAUACACUUCACUUGAUGAUGUUUCUCGAGUGCCUCCGCCCAAGCGCAACAAGAUGGAAACUUUCUUGCUUGGGGAAACCCUGAAGUACUUCUACCUGCUCUUUGGGGAUAAUGACGUACUUCCGUUUGACAAAUACGUUUUCAAUACAGAGGCACAUCCACUGCCUAUUCCCAGGUUUCUGGGAAGCACGGAAAGAAGGCGGGUAUCACAAUGA